AGAAAAUUCAGUCACAAGGAAAACUCCCUGAGGAGCCAGAGAAAACAACUCCUGUAAAAGAGUUCAGAACUCCAGCCCUCCAGGUCCCUCUCGGAGUUAGAAUGCCUGAGAGAGAUCCAGAGUCGCCGGCAUCCUCUACAGAGCUGCAGCACGUCCACAAAGUCCGAGCUUCCGUUACCAGUGACAAUCAAGCAUGGGACGCGAGUCCGGAAUGUGCCAUCUGUUUCACAACCUAUGACAACGCGUUCAAGACGCCGAAAGUUCUAGAAUGUUCUCACACAUUCUGCUUGGAAUGCCUGGCACGGUUCACGGUCGUCUCGCCCGAGCUGGCAGGCACGAAGAUCACCUGUCCGCUCUGUCGCCACCCGACGACCAUCCCCGAACACGGCCCGCCGGGGCUGGCCACCAGCCGGGAGGUUCUGGAUCAGCUCCCGAGCGACAAGCAGCAAGAGCAGAGAGUUUGGAUAGAAGGGAAAAAACUGUGCACGUCAGACCCCACGAGGACCAACUACAUCUGUAUCGACAUUGGCGCAAACAAGCAGGAAGACAACAGGAGACGGCAGACGGAGGGGUUUGGAAGUAGACUCUUGCGAUUCCUGGGUUUCUACGGAGACUGGAAGAGGAUUUUGCUCUUCACCGUGAUAUUACUGGCCAUUUUCUUCACGAUCCUGUGGCCCCUGCAGUGCUUCUUCACCACAGGCUCGCUGUCCCGUUGCUUCCGAAACAACAACGACGACACGACCAGUAUGACCACGUUACCACCUUUCUUCACCAGGAACUAGUGAGAGAGAGAGAGAGAGAGAGAGUGAGUCAAUGAACACAAACAACACCUGAUUCAGGGCGCGAGAUCGAGACAAUCACAUUCUGGCCCCGCAAUAUUCGUGCCAAAACGUUGUUUGUGACCCCCAUGUCUCUGCACCUUUCUGAUCCACUCUGAGCGUGUGGAUUGAGAAUGGAGAGGUGUA